AUGGAUAUCCACCGUUGUCGUUUCGUGUCCUACAACCCCCAGGAGAUCAACUCGCUCGCAUUUUCACACCCACCUUCCGCCGACCUUGCCGGACGAGGCGUAUCCACUCUUCGACUUGCUAUCGGACGUGCCAACGGCGAUAUUGAAAUAUGGAACCCACUUCGUGGCGCUUGGUUCCAGGAGUCAAUUCUGCGUGGAGGAAAGGACCGGAGCAUUGAAGGCCUCGCCUGGACCCUGGACCCUGCCGAAGACGGACCUGAAGGCUCUAAGCUGCCAGGCAAGCUGCGCCUGUUCAGCAUUGGGUACUCUUCUGCAGUGACUGAGUGGGACCUCGGGAAGGGACGUCCUCUACGCCAUUCUAGCGGGAACUACGGCGAGAUCUGGUGUAUUGCUGCCCAGCCGCGGUGGCAGCAGACGAAGCGAGGCAAAGAUGGGAAGCUCUUGCCUCCCGCCGAGGGAGAGUUUACCGGCCAGAAUCUCGCAGUGGGAUGCGCAGAUGGGGCCAUUGUGGUCCUGUCUACUGCUGAUGACGACCUCAAGUUUGUUCGCUUGAUGCGCCCGUCGACUAAGAAGUCUCGUGUACUCAGCGUGACCUUCCAAAAUCGUCACACAAUUGUUGCUGGCUAUGAAGAUAACUCUAUUCGCGUGUACGAUAUUCGCAACGGCCAGCAGUUGAGAACCAUCUCUCUCGGAAAGGGCGUCCAGGGCGGUCCCAAGAAUGUGCUGGUCUGGUCAGUCAAGUGUCUCCCCGAUGGUACAAUUGUGUCCGCAGACUCUUCGGGUGAAGUCAAAUUCUGGGAUGGCAAGAACUACUCACUCAUCCAGCGGAUCUCAUCUCAUACUGCGGACGCCCUUGAUAUUGCCGUGAGUGCCGAUGGUGAGACAGUUGUGAGUGGAGGCUCGGAUCAAAGAACAGUGGUGUACCGCAAGACCAAUGGCGAGAAGGGCGAUAAAAAGGGUCGCUGGGCGGAGCUUUCGCAUCGGCGAUACCAUACGCAUGAUGUGAAGACAUUUGCUGUGUACGAGACCAAGGACAUCAGUAUUGUUGUCUCGGGAGGUCCUGAUGCCACGCCGGUUGUCUUGCCUCUGCGAGAGUAUGGGAAAGAGCACCACCGCAAGCUGUCCAGUCUUCCUCAGAUCCCCCAACUGUCAUCGUCUCCUGCCUCUCGCUUGGUUAUGAGUUUCUGGGAUAAUGAAGUUAGUCUAUGGCGUGUAUUAAGAGGCCCAACAUCUCCACAUGAAAGUCUCGAGGGCCAAAGGCAUAAGCUUGUUGCAAAAGUCUUGAUACAGGGUGAAGAAACCAUCAGCUCCGCGAGCCUGUCAUCGGAUGGCAAAAUCCUUGCCGUCUCCACAAUCUCGGAUGUCAAACUCUUUGCCGUACGCCGGCGCAAGGGCGAUGAGAAGGUGAAGGCGCUCGCCUUGUUACCAUUUCCCCGACUGCCGAUGGCUUUCUGUGAUCCGCCCCACAACGAUGUCUAUAUGUCAAGGAUUCAAAUUUCUACGAACGAUGAAAACCCUGAACUUUUACCACAGCUCGCCCAGCUCAAACGCAUCCCGCGGCAAUUCCGUCGCGAGAAAGCGUCACAUGGAACUCUGGGUGAUUACGAAAGGGUAAUUCGCUCUGUCGUCUUCUCGGAGGAUAGCAAGCUCCUAGCUGCUGGUGAUCUAUCUGGUUGCGUGGACACUUGGGUUUUGAGCAGCGCGACAGAAGCUGCCAACGACCAAACGGAGAGUAAUGGAGCGAUUUCUGACGACGAGCCGUCCGACGACGAAGAUGAAGACGAAAGCGUUGCCAUCGAGGGCGAACGCUGGAAAGUGCUAGACUCAGAGUCGGCGAUUCCCCGGAUGAAGACCGGCAUCACCUUACUAUCCUUCCGUCCUAAUGCUCCAUCUAGAACCCUCACCAACGGUGCUAAGUACACUUCUUCUACUGCCGACGAUAGAUUGAUGCGGAAAACUAUCGGACUGGUCACGACGCAACCCCAAAGCCUACCUGCCAGCCGAGUUUCGGGCGUCAGAGACCGUGCUAUGGGCUGCAUUUGGGACAUCUCCGAAACUCGUGAGCGUCUGUGGCUCUACGGAACUUCUUGGCUGUGGAUGUUCGAUCUGCAACAAGAUUUCUCAAAUCCUGAAGAGAUCGAGGCAGAUGCUAAAAACUCUCUCCAACUCGCAAAGGCUUCGAAGCGCAAGCGUGAUCCCUUUGACGAAGAUUUCAAUGAACGCAAGGAUAGUGGUGCUGGCGAUCGCAUACCUCGAUCACAAAUGGACAUCCACCUUGGAAGCAAAGUCCGCAAGAUUGAUGACGAAGACUACGAGUACGACGAGGACUUUGCAGCUGGCAACGAGACUACUCUGGCCCGUCUCCGACGUGGCGUGGAGUCUGCCGAGGAUGCAGAGAUGAAGGACACAGCUACUACCUCGACUAACCAAGUGGUUGGGGCCAACGGAACGUCAUCCCAGCCUGUCCGCCGUUGGUGGCACACAUACAAAUACCGGGAUAUCCUUGGAAUCGUCCCUCUCAAUGUGCAAAGACCCUCCGGCGACCAGACCGAGAGCGGGAAUUUGGAGGUGGCAGUCGUCGAACGGCCCAUGUGGGAAGUCGACCUGCCCGAGAAAUAUGCGAAGCAGUAUGAGUGA